CAAACAACCAAAAUCUUGCAAACUAUUCAAUAUCCAGGAGCCAAACACCAAAGUUCUGCGGCUCUUAGCCCACACUGCUUGCAUCCCCAAGUACUAGAAAAGAAAUGAGCAAAUGCAAUCACAUACCAUGCCCUCCCAUGCAUGGAUGUUUUUGGAUAUCUUUUGAAUACUCUCUGUGUUGUCCUUAUCAUGGUCAUGUUGGGACCUGAAAUUGAAAAAGUGCACACAUCGAGUAUGUGUAUUUCUAUUGUCAUUUUAGGUCUCCAGGGAACCACAAAGUUUGCCAUCCAAAACAGAGGGAUGAGUGGUGGGGAGACUUGAAAGAUUGGAGAUGGUGGCCUGAAGAAUUUGAAGUGAGUAAAACUAAAAAUGAUAUUUUUUUUUUGCUUCUCUGAACCAAGAGGAAUGGCGUGAUGGUACCCAUCAUUUUUCUCUGUAAUUUUGCCCACCUGUGGUUCCCUCCAUGCUUGACAUUGGAGCUCGGUCCCAUCAUUAGGAUUCCAGAGACAGAGCAAGCGAUGUGGAGAAAAGGAAGGGUGGGGUGGCGGAAGAAGCUGAGAGACGAGAAAUGGUUAGUGCGAUGGAUUCUCCUUUUGCUUCCUAACCGUCCUUCGUUUUCGGAUCGAAAGAAAAUGAAGAGCAGAUGAAGGAAAGAUUGGAUCUUUUGGUCGUUCUUAGAGAAAUCGGGUUCAAGUUUUAAUCUUUUCCUUUCAUCGUACAUAUUCAAGUUCAUCUUUGCAAAUAUCUUAGACUAAAUUCUUUUUUCUUACUGAAAACAGAUGCUUUGAUUUUUCGGACAUAGAUUGAUGUUUUUUCUCUGUUGUUGCAAGUAGAAGUGUCCACCCAUCUCUGCAAUUCCACUGGCUCUUGUAGAACAUUCACUCUCCUGAAAUGCCACUGAGUUGUAACUUUGCAUCUAAAGUUUGAACUUCCCAUCCUGAAAAAGCUCUAUUGUGUGCAGGUACAUGCAAUCUUGACAUCAACUUAGGAACUGAAUACUGUUGCUUAUGGACAAUAAUUUAGAUUUUGUGUCUUCAGACUCCAUGAUGCCCUCCUGAAUGAAUUCUCAUUGUGAAGUUAUCGAGCAACAGACAAAGAAAUAUGACUGAUUUUAGAGUCAGAAAGCUUGGGCAAGGUCAGAUGAAAGCCAGAAAUGUUCCGGUCGCUGUAACUCCUGAAGGGUUUUGGUGUUGCCCAUCUCCUGCAGUUCUACAAAAGACCAUUAAAAAUCAAAAUCACCAAAACAAGAAAAAGAUACUGUCUACAAUGCCAUCAAAGGCAUCUUCAGUUCAGAGGCCAAUAAGUUCCCCAGUAGACAAAGGAACACUUUCUGAUCCAUUAAGUUCAAGAGUUUGUUCCGAGGAUAAUAGUUGUCUUACCUCUGAUACUGCUGCUAAAAGUCCAACAAAGGCAGCUGAGGGUCUCUCAAAAUUAAAUGUUGGGAAUCAACACCAAAAAAUUUCUGUGGGCUUUGGUCAGCCUGAGACCAGUGAUUUGAAGAUUAUUUUGUUUGGGAAAGAGGGAAUUGCCGUCGAGAUGAGCGUUCACAAGGCCAUUCUCACAGAACACAGUAGCUUCUUUGCAGAUAAAUUCUCUAGGCAAUCUCCGGUACCAUUUUUUGAAAUUUCUGACUGUGAAGAUGUGGAAAUUUGUGUUGAAACUGUGGGGUUAAUGUACUGUGGUGAAGUAAAACACAGAGUAAUCAAGCAGAGUGUUUCACGUGUGCUUCGCAUUCUAAAGGUUGCUGAAUCGCUUGGAUUCCAUGCAUGCAUUAAGGCAUGCUUGGAUUACCUGGAGGUAGUCCCUUGGGUUGGUGAAGAAGGAAAUGUGGUGUCAUCUGUCCAACAUCUCCAGAGCAAAAAUUAUAGCAUAAGUCCUAUAUUAAAGCGAGUAUUUUCUGAUACAUCGAAACCUCCAAAUGAUACUCUUGCUCAUAUAAUGGAGCUAGUCCUCAGAAGCAACGAGGAGAGAGGUCGACGUGAGAUGAAAUCAUUAGUGCUCAAACUUCUCAAGGAAAACAGUUUCUGGACUGAUGGAUCCGUAGACAUAUGCAUCGGAACUUUGUAUAGUUUAUGCCAAAGCUGCUUAGCCUCGUUGAUAGAGCUCUUUAGACAAGCAUCCAAGUCUACUCGUAUCGAAAGCAAGGAUCCUACGGUGAGGAAGAUAGCUCUCGAGGCAGAAAAUCUUCUUUGGUUGGUCGAGAUUUUGGCUGUCAGGCAUACUGCAGAUGAAUUUGCCUUGAUGUGGGCUAGCCAAAAUGAGCUUGCUCAGCUGCACUCAAAGCUUCCAGUCAUGUCGAGGCACCGAGUUAGCUGCAUUACUGCCAGGCUUUUUGUUGGUAUUGGAAGAGGAGAGAUGCUUCCAUCGAAGGAAACUCGGCAGCUGCUAUUGCAUGUAUGGUUGCAGCCACUGGUUGAUGACUACAGUUGGUUACAACAUGGUUGCAGACAAUUCGACCGCAAGGUUGUUGAGGAAGGAAUAGGCCAAACUAUUUUGACACUUCCUUUAGAAGACCAGCAAAGUGUUCUGCUGUCAUGGCUGGAGAGCUUCUUGAAGGUUGGUAGUAACUGCCCUAAUCUGCAGAGAGCAUUUGAGGUAUGGUGGAGGAGAACUUUCAUAAGGCCUUACUUUGAGCAACAUGGAAACAAUCUAAAAAUGGACAGAAAUUGAGUAGUUAGGUUGCCCUGUAUUAGCUGAGUGGUUUAUGAUGAGUUGCGAAAGGAGUGUACAUUGGUUUGAAGAUGCAUUCAUUCUUGAAAGUUAGCAUCAUGCUGCUGGCGGCUUAUAGACUGGAAAUUUUGAGCUACUAAUCUUGUGGCAGACCUGAUUGGCUUUCUAGUAGCAUCUCAGGAUUGAGUUUAAGCUUGCAGGUUUUGAUCUGUUGAAGGCAUGGCUGGAAGUGCAUAAAGGAGGUGCAAUAUCCUGAUUGGCUUAUCAUCUUUCCCUCUCUUUAUGGAUGAGAACUGAAAUCAAAUCUUUACUAAUAGAACAAACACAUGAAUUCAGAAUUCCAUAUGUGGAGUACACUGAAAUUGACAUUCCUGAGACAAAAGUUUGUAAUGAUUUGAAGUAUAAACUAUAUAUUUUCAUCUUUUGUUAGCUA